CGUAGCGGGUCUAGUUGUGUCUGUCGCUAGCAGCAGGGCGCAGACUGUGACACGCCGGGAGUGCGGUCCAUGCUGGACACAGGCGACACCUGACCCUGCGGCACCAGACGCGUCCCGACCACCUCCCGACCGCCCGUGUGCUCCGGGGAGCUCAGCCAGCGCCGGCCCCCAGUCAGUGCUCCGGGGAUGGAAGCGGAGAAGAUGGACGAGAAUGAAUGGAGUUACCACGGGGAGGGGAACAAAAGCCUGGUGGUGGCUCACUCACAGAGAUGUGUCGUCCUAAGGUUCCUGAAGUUUCUCCCAAACAGAAAUCUGAUGGCAGAAGAAGUUUAUCAGCACCUGCACAAUAUCCUAGAUUUUGGCAAGCACAUAAUGAAGCAGUUUUUAGGUGAAAACUAUGUUCACCAUGGGGAUGUGGUGAAAUUACCCUUGGAUUUUCUGAAACGCCUCUGCUUGAAGGUGCAGUCUGAAAGACCAGAGUCUCGAUGUGAGAAAGAGAUGGAUGUCAGCGGGUACGCCAUGUGCCUUCCUAACCUCACCCGUCUGCAGACUUUCCCUUUUGUCGAGCACAGGCCUAUAUUCUGCAUAGAGAUUAAGCCCAAAUGUGGAUUCAUCCCGUCUUCAGCCCAUAUCACAAAGGAGAUCAAGAAGAAGGUGUGUCGGUUCUGUAUGUACCAGCAUCUUAAGGUUGCCAAAGGAAAAUGGAAGCGGAUUAGCAAAUACUGCCCUUUGGAUCUUUUCUCGGGCCAUAAACAGAGAAUGCACUUUGCCUUGAUGAGUUUACUUCAGGAGUCGCAAAACAACUUAAAAAUCUUUAAGAACGGAGAAUUAAUCUAUGGAUGUCGGGAUGACCAGGAGUACCUCCCAGACCUGAACGAGCUAGCUCGCCAACUGAAGCCAUUUUUCUUCCCUGCAAAUGGAUUGGUUGGUGGUCCUCAGUGCACAAAGAAUGUCCUGAAAGAACUGAUUCAUGUGCUGACGAGCACGCUGCUAAGCACCAGUGCAGACCAAGGGCGAGCUGGCAACAUGAAGCCCAUCCCGGUGUCUCAGGGAAGGAAUUACUGUGAGGCUAGUCACUUCUGCACAGAGUAUCUGAGAAGUGAUAAACACAAGAUGGAGAGCACAGGAUUGCCUAAAGGCUGCAUCUUGUACAAGACGCUUCAGGCUCAAAUGCUGGACAUGCUGGACAUUGAAGGACUACACCCUUUGUAUAAGAGGGUGGAGAAGUAUUUGGAGGAGUGCCCUGAGGAGCGAAGUACUCUACUCUUGGAUGGACCUUAUGAUGAAACCUUCUUUGAGAGGCUAAAGGAUCUUUCACUGGAAGACGAUGGCAGUGUGGAGUAUGCAGUAACUAAGAUUCAGCAAUACCGAGUAGCCAUGACAGCCAAGGACUGUUCAGUGAUGAUUGCACUUUCCCCCACUGGUCAGGAAGAAUGCUUUGAUUCAAGACCUUUAAUAAAAACCUCAAGAUCCAGCUUCAUGUAUUCAGUUUCCAUCUUGGACUUGGAUUUAAAGCCCUAUGAGAACAUACCCUACCAGUACAGUCGGGACAGUAAGAUUGUAAACCAUUACCUAAAAAGCAUCCAGACCCGAGAGGAGCCGAGCACAUCGCUCAUCUUUCCAGAAAGUGAAGAGUGCACCCUGCUCUUGCACCAAGUAUAGUUUAAGGAUAAUUCUUUUUUAUUUGUGAGCGCUGAAUGCUGCUGUCAUCCUGUCACUUUGUCUUGCUGAUCGGGCAUGCAGGGCAGAGCGCCACAAUUAUUAAUUUUGAAAAGUGAAUUUUUGUGAACCAUGACCAGGAAAGGGAAUAUCACUCAUUGCUGCAUGGUGCAACCUGUAAAUAAAGUUUUUGCUUCUCUUGUUGGUUUGAUACAUGAAGACAACCUACAACAUAUUUGUAUUUAAAAUUUAUAAGAUUUCCAAACCUUUGUAUACGGAGAACAGACCUGCUACCAUUAACUAGACGAUUCCUGGUCCUUUGCAUUCAUUUUGCUGCUUUCAUAUAGAGUGCCUAAGGGGAGGUCCAGGCAUAUGUCUAACUGAGCCUUAUGCAAAGGUCUGUGCUGUAUCUGGGUAAGGACUUGUAGGAAUCUCAUUACAGGCUGUGGUUUUUUAUAAUGUGCAAUGCAAACAGAUAGAAUUUCCUUAAUGUGUAUAGGCCAUUAAAGCCAAUACUGUUUCCAUUCUCCGUUCCAGAGAUGGUUUGUCGUCUGCUGACGUCCUAUAGAUUGUCAUGUGAAAAAGCAGAACUACGUCCAAAAACCUCUAUUAUUGUUCUUGUAUUCCUAAUGAGUUUUUUUUUUUUUUUAGCUUAAUUAUUAAAUAAUUUAUUAGAUGUCUAUUUUACAGUUCACUGGAAAGUCCCUCUAAAGCAUUAGAAUCCCUGAUUCACUGAAUUUACUUAAUGUUCCACUGAGGACAUGUGAUGUUGGAGGCAGCAGUGAGACGUCUAUUGGGAAUUGGUGAACUCCCUUCUUGUAUUAGAGUAGUUACAGACUCUCACGUGCUGCACUUCAAUAUAGGAGACGCUUAUUUUUGGGCUGUAUUGUGCUGCCCCCAGUUAGGUGCUAAUUGUAUUUGAAGACUUGAAGUUUUAGCUCAAUUAUUCAAAUAUUAAAGGGUUCGCCCGGGAAUAGGAGUCUGAGUUGUGCCCUACAGCUUAACCUCUUUGAAGUGAACAGAGCCUAUAGACAUGGGCGGUGCUGCUGUGGGCGCACAAUAGCUUCUUUCUUAUCCUGGACAAACCCUUUAAUGCCGGAGGACUGCUCAUAUAACACUGUAUUAUACAUGGAUCUCUGCCAUUAUUAUUUUUUUAAUCACUGCUGUGUCUACACGUUAGGUUUUAGGUGUACGCCUAUAUCACGCCUUCACAGCUAUUCUGUAUUUUCUAUUAAAGAACCACUAACCUCUACAAAUGUGAAACAUAAUUCUAAUAAUGUUCACUGUGCCAGGCAGUCUGUAUAAGCCUACAGUGACCUGUGACACUUUUUGCCGCUUUUCAGGAUUCACAGUAAAGUUAACAUGAUAAAGAUUUUGACCCAAAAUGUACAAUUAGUCAUCUAUUGGUAAAUAAGUCACUAAAGGGGAUCUGUCGGCAGUUUUGACCAUGCUAAACUGCUGACAGCAAUAGGUAGUGGCUGGCGAGAGCAGUUAAUAUGUACCAUGUAGAGCAGUGGCCCCCAACUUUUUUUUGCACAAUGGACCAGUUUCAUGCAAGACGAUUUUCCCAGGGACCGGGUGGGGGGGUUCUGGGACAGGCAGGGCUUAGGGGUGCUGGUCGGCGCUGACUGAUGUGCG